AUAAUUAUUUUAUGUUCAAUACAGCAACAGUAAAUAUAAGUUAUCAAUGCACGGCGCGGAGUCAAUGUCAUGAUACUAAAACUGCAUAGAAAUGGGUGAUAAAUAUUGUGUAUAACUUAUACUUCUUUUUCUAUUGUUUUAAAACAUUUUUUAAUAAUUAUAUGGUAAAUUAGUCAAGGGUUUAUGUUAAAUACGGCAUUUAAAGUGAAGAAAAAAUUAUCAAAAUGGCAUUAAUUACAUCAAGUUGGCUUACUGAUAUUUUAACAAUAAUUAUUGUUGCUUUAUCAUUUUUGUAUUUUUAUUUGACGUCAACAUAUAAUUACUGGAAGAAUAAGAAUAUACCAUACGAGAGGCCUACACUGUUAUUCGGUAACUUUUAUAAUGCAAUAGCAUUUAAACAAAACAUUACCGAUUAUUUCGCAGACCGAUAUAAAAUGACAAAAGAAAAGUUUUUUGGUUUGUAUGUAUUUCGAAGACCAUAUUUGUUAAUACGUGAUCCAGAAUUAGCAAAAUUCGUCUUAAUUAAAGAUUUCAAUAAUUUUGUACCACGAACAACAGCACCCACCCAUAAAGAUGAUCCCAUGGGCCAAUAUAAUUUGUUUUCGAUGAAGAACAAUAAUGAUUGGCGUUUUAUCAGAUCAAAAUUAUCACCAAUAUUUAGUUCUGGUAAAUUACGUAAUACGUUUCCACUUAUCAAUGAAAUUGGUGAAUAUUUAAAUGGAUAUCUGAAAAAUCAUGUCUUUGAAACACUGGAAGGAAAAUCAGUUUGUCGAAAAUAUACAUCAGAUGUGAUUGUUUCAACUGUAUUUGGAAUUAGUACAAACUCAUUCACGGAUGAAGAAACUGAAUUUGAAAAACUUUCCAAAACUGUUUUUACAUUUACAUUACGACGUGCAUAUGAAUUGAUGUUUUUCUUUUUUGUUCCAACUGUAUCUAGAUUAUUUCGAUUAAAAGUAUUUAGCGAAGAAGGUACAGAAUUUUUUCGAAAUAUUUUCUGGAGUGCGGUUAAAAUGCGAGAUGAGCAUAAUAUAAAGCGACCUGAUUUGAUUGAUGCUUUGAUUACGUUAAAAAAUUAUGGUACUAUUGAAGAUCCAGAUAAUAAAGAAAAUAGUAAAGAAGUUGUCAGCAAUCCAUCUCAACUAAAAUUGGAUGGCGAUGUAUUAGUGGCACAAAUAGCCUUAUUUUAUGCGGCUGGAUUGGAUACGUCUUCAAAUGCUAUGUCUUUUACUUGCUAUUCAUUAUCCUACAACCCGGAAAUACAGAUUAAAUUACGUAAAGAAAUUCAAUCAGUAUUGGCUCGAAAUGGAGGAGAGUUAUCGUAUGAUAGCUUGUCAGAAAUGAAAUUUUUAGAUUGCUGUAUUAGAGAAACAUUACGGUUGUAUCCUUCUUUAGGAUAUUUAGAUCGAGAAGCAAUUGAUACAUAUACGUUUCCUGGUACAAAUCUUACAAUUGAAAAAGGAACACCGGUCAUAAUUUCAUUAGCUGGCAUGCAAAAAGAUCCAGAAUAUAUUGAAAAUCCUGAUGUUUAUGAUCCGGAAAGAUUCAGUGAUGAAAACAAAGAUAAAAUUACACCUUAUGUUUUUAUGCCAUUCGGUGAAGGACCACGAAGUUGUAUAGGUGCACGUUUCGGGAUGUUAACGACGAAAAUAGGACUAAUCAAUAUUUUGAAAGAUUAUGAAGUAAUUACAGUUGAUAGUAAACCUCCAUUAGAAUUGGAUCCAAGAGCAUUCUUUACAGCACCCAAAGGAGGCAUUUUUAUUAAAUUUAAACCGGGUACUGUUUAUGAGUAAUAUAGUAAUUUUGGUAUUUUAUAAUAUUUUUAUAUUUUUUUAAUAAACUUUUUUCUUUUUUUUUUUUUAAAUAAAUUUGAUUUUACCUCAAAGGA